AGUAACGAUCCGAGGGUUUUAUUUCGCAACGCAAAGAGGAUGCGCCUUGUGCCUCUACAGUUUGAGAAUUUAAAAUUGGAGGAUCUUUUAAGACAAUUUACCGCGCUUUAAGACUGAAUAUAUCACUGACCGAUGCUUUUCUGCUCCAGCGCUUCUCUGACUGUAACAUGAUGGAGAGACUUAAUUCAGUCUCUAUUCUCACGCGCUCAUCCGGUUGAUGUUUGAAGUGCACUGAAGGAAGAUGAGGUCGAAACCGAGUCUAUAAUGGAUCAUCCUCACGAUCUGAAAUGUAAAAUAGUUGUGGUCGGGGACACUCAGUGUGGGAAGACGUCCUUGUUAAGUGUGUUUGCGAAGGACUCAUUUCCAGAGAAUUACGUUCCCACAGUAUUUGAAAACUACACGGCAAGUUUUGAGAUCGACACGCUGAGAGUUGAGCUCAGUCUUUGGGAUACAUCAGGGUCUCCUUAUUACGACAAUGUGCGGCCCCUAUCGUACCCGGAUGCCGAUGCAGUUCUCAUCUGUUUCGACAUCGGUCGACCAGAUACUCUGGACAAUGUUCUAAGAAAGUGGAAAGGAGAAAUCGAGGAAUUCUGUCCCAAUACUAAAAUCCUUUUGGUUGGAUGCAAGUCAGACCUGCGUACAGACCUGGCCACAUUUGUGCAACUAUCCAAUGAGAUACCUUUAUCUUAUGACCAGGGUUCCAAUAUGGCCAAGCAGAUCUCUGCCCCUUACAUUGAAUGCUCAGCGCAGCAGUCUGAUAACAGUGUAAGGGACAUUUUCCACAUAGCCACAUUGGCUUGCAUCAGUAAAACCAAGAAAAACGUCAAACGCAUCAAGUCAACCAGAGCCACAAAGAAGACCUCACACGUACCCAACCGACGUGAACUGGACUCUGUGUCAUGUCUACACAAGACCAAGACAAAAUCCUGCACAGUCAUGUGACUUCAGACACCACACAAAGCAUUUAAGGAGUUUCUACGCGCCUUCUUCUCCAGGAUUUUUACAUUAGAAAAUGAAUGGACCAUGAACUGAAGGGAGCUAUAUUGAACUUCACCAGUAUAAAUAUUCAUCUUUAAUGAGACUCAAGCCUUUUCUUCCCUGCUUAAAUAUGCAUUUUUAAACAUCUCAGACCUUUUAAAACAUGAACAUAAAGGUUCAUUUAUACUGCCAAAGAAUAAUCACCUAAAACCCCUUUAAAUACUGCCAAAUUUUAUUUCCUCAGAACCUUGUUUUUGAUUGAAACUAACUCUGGUUUAUGGAUGUAAACCACUUUGUCAGUGCUGCUAAUCUCAGGUCUGUUUUAUUACACCUGACUACACCAAAAAGUUACAAAUUAUGUCACAAAUAGAUUGUAGGUUAUGUUACAUAUCUAAAAUUAGGUAAUAAAUGAAACAACCGAAGAAACUGGUACGUCUGAUAAAAACAUUGGAGGAAAUACAUAUUUCCAACUUAUAUCAUAUUUCAAACAACAUAUCUUACAUCUGCUUGUAGCAAUUCUAUUUAUCUAUUAUAAACAAUUUAAAGGUUUCCUGAA